AUGGGACACCUCCAGUUCAACGAGAUCAUGGAGCACUCGAAGAAGCAGCUCGCGGACGUCCUUUAUCCGCCCUACGAGGACUUUCCCGAUACAGAGUACCCGACGGAGCGCGAGGCGCGCAUCGCAAAGCGGUACAACGACAUGCUUGCCGAAAUGAAGUACACCCCGUUCUUUAUCGAGGCGCCUACGCGGGCUAGCACAGACAUCGAGCGAUGGUCCGACCGUUUCAAGCCCAAAACGGCGAGCGCUGCAACCGCAACGGCAGCAUUGCGAACGCUCCAUUCGGCACGGCAGUACGACAAGGACUUGCUACCGCCCUCGGCGUUCGAGGCGGUCUUUGAGCGGAAGGCGAAGGGCAAGACGGCGAAAUCUGCGGGAAAGUCGGCGGAUGCAAAGGGUAUUUUGGAGGGAGACGACGACGCGCUGGGCGAGGACGAAGAAGACGAAGAAGCGGACGAAGACGAGUUGAUUGAGGAGGACGAGGACGACGAGGGCGACAACGACUACGAGAUGGACUACUUCGACAACGGAGAGGAGGACGACUUUGAUAAUCUAGGAGGAGGGGGAGGAGGGGAUGAUGACGGUGGCAUCAUGGAUUAG